AUGGUCUUCAAGCAAGAAGUUGAGCUUGAAUUUCCAGGCAAAGACUUGAUUUCGUGGUACUUUGACAACCCUCGAGUGAAGGAAGACAAGCAGAUCUACAUCGAUGCGGACAACACCAAACGACAUUAUACUUUUGCUCAGGCAAGAAGUACGAUACGCAAGCUUGCUGCUGGCUUCCGGAAGGCUGGACUGAAGAAAGGUGAUACCGUGUGUGUGCACAGCUUCAAUGAUAUCAAUUACUCCAUCCUAGCCAAUGGUAUCAUAGCAGCUGGAGGGAUCUUCGCUGGCACGAAUCCAUCCUACCAACCGUACGAGCUGGCCCACGCGAUCAAAGCGGCACACAUCAAAUUCCUCAUAGUCGAGCCCGAAAUUCUGAAACACGCACUCAAAGCUGCAGACGACUCUGGAUCAAUAUCAAGAGACCGCAUACUGAUAUUCGACAAUCGAGAGCGGCAGAAAGUGCCAAAUGGAUUCAAGUCAUGGCGGACGCUUCUCGAGCAUGGCGAAGAAGAUUGGGAGCGAUUCGACGAUGUCGAGAUUUCGAAGAAGACAACAGCAGCGAGGAUGUUCAGCUCGGGGACAACAGGACUUCCCAAGGCCGCCAUGCUGACGCAUUAUAAUCUGAUCGCACAGCAUAUCCAGAUCAAUGACUGGAAACCAAAGCCUUACCAGAUCAAACGUCUCCAAUGCACGCCCAUGUUCCACGUCGCCACAGCUCCAUGCACACACUUCAGCCCGCUGAACAAUGGCGUCGACACAUACAUCAUGCGUCGCUUCGAUCUCGAAGCCUUUCUCAAGUACAUCGAGAAGUACGAGAUUACAGACUGCGCAACUGUGCCACCGAUGGUCUUACAAAUUAUCAACUCCGACUUGACGAAGAAAUAUUCAAUGAAGAGUAUCAAGUUCGCAACGUGUGGUGCAGCUCCCUUGGAGAAGACCCAGCAAGCGAAAUUCCAAGCUCUGCUGGCAAAGGACGCUCCUUUUACACAAGUCUGGGGUAUGACUGAGACGAGCUGCAUCUGUACCAACUUCCCCUACCCCGAAGACGACGACACCGGAAGCUGCGGCCGUCCUGUCCCAGGCGUAGAAUUGAAAAUCGUAGACAUUGCCGAUCCCAACAAAGAGAUCACAGACUACGACGUCCGCGGGGAAGUCUGCAUACGAGGUGUUACAGUAAUCCCAGGCUACUUGGACGAAAAGGCGACAGCCGAUAGCUGGGAUAAAGAUGGCUUCUUCCAUACAGGUGAUAUCGCAUACUGUGCGAAAGAGACAGGAAAGUGGUAUAUCGUGGAUCGCAAGAAAGAGUUGAUAAAAGUGCGAGGCUUCCAAGUUGCACCGCCUGAGUUGGAAGCUGUUCUGCUCGACCAUCCUGGAAUAUCAGACGCGGGCGUCAUUGGCGUCAAGAGGAAUAAGAAUGAUGACUCUGAGUAUCCGCGAGCAUAUGUGGUGAGGAAGAGCAAUGACGAGGGCAAGAACUUGGACGCACAAGCUAUCAUCGAAUUUAUGGGUUCGCGGCUUGCGAAGUUCAAGCGUCCGGAUGGAGGUGUGGUGUUUCUGGACGAGAUUCCUAAGAAUCCAAGUGGCAAGAUCUUGAAGAAAGUCUUGCGCGAAAUGGCGGCAGACGAAAUGAAGAAAGAGAAGCAGACUUCCAAAUUAUGA